AAUAGUGGCGGGUUCGCGCUCAGACAGCGGUGUUCGCUCUGCGGCUAGAGCCCCGGUUUCGGGCUCUCGGAGCGGGUGGCCGAGCCGCGUGUGUCGCUCCCGUUUCCCGGCGCCAUGUCCGGCCGCGGCAAGGGCGGCGGCAAGGCCCGCGCUAAGGCUAAAUCUCGCUCGUCCCGCGCCGGGCUGCAGUUCCCGGUGGGGCGCGUGCACCGGCUGCUGCGGCGCGGCCACUACGCGGAGCGCGUCGGCGCGGGCGCGCCGGUGUACCUGGCCGCCGUGCUCGAGUACCUGACGGCGGAGAUCCUGGAGCUGGCGGGGAACGCGGCGCGGGACAACAAGAAGACGCGCAUUAUCCCGCGGCACCUGCAGCUUGCGGUGCGCAACGACGAAGAGCUCAACAAGCUGCUGGGCGGCGUCACCAUCGCGCAGGGCGGGGUCCUGCCCAACAUCCAGGCCGUGCUGCUGCCCAAGAAGGCGGGCGCCGGCGGAGCCGGGCCGGCCAAGAGCGGCAAGAAGGGCAGCAGCCAGCAAUCGCAGGAAUACUAGGGCCGGCCACGCGCCGCCGGCGGAGACACCCCCCACCACCACCACCACUCCCCGGCUCCGCUCCCCAAGGAGCUGCGGAUCCGUGGGCGGGGAGAGCGCCAGGCCCCCGGCGCCUUAAGCUGGGUUGAGGGAGUCGAGCUUUCCGCAAAGGGGGGGGGGUGUAUUAGAGGCGCAGCCACUGCCCGGUGGGGUCGAGUGGGGAAGCUGCCGGGGGGGGCCUCCCGCCCGGCUGUCCGUUGUACGAAGCGGGGGAGCCGAGCCUAACGCUGCGCACGUGCCUUGAUAACCAACUCAGCUGCUACCGAACCCUAUUGUUCCCUGCGCGUGAAGCUGCUGUUUGCAAAGACCUAGUGGCAGAGGAAGCUGCUGCGGGGUCUCUUUUUUGCUCUGCAAUUUCCUGGUCCUCCGCUGACACCCUCUUGCCUAUCUGAGAUGCUUCAACAUUAGCAGUGCAAACUGACCCGUAACAGACUCGUACGGGGGACAAGUAGCUUCAAGAGUCGCCCCCUGAGGUUUGUUGGGGAAGCUUAAAAAACUGCUCCUGGAUCUUAUGGUAACUGUUCAAAUGGUACCGACGGAGAACUGAACAGAGACAUAUCAGAAUGCAGCUAUGGAGCUGCCUCACUAUACUUUUCCAGAAAUUUUUUGUUUGUUUUAAAGGAGCCCAUGCUUGCUGUUUAAUUACCUGUUUCAAAGUGCCACUGCUGUGAAAGAUGUAUAUUUACAUAUCUUGUUUUUCUUUUAACUUUAAGGCCGAGGGCAUCUUUUGCAUCAGAUCAAGCACAACAAUCCAAAACAUUGUAAACUAACAAGCCCUCACCCUCUUGAGCAGAAGGCAGCUUUCACUUCUCUCAGCAGUGGUGUGACUCUCUAAAGUGCUGUAAAAUUUUGUCUAAAAUGUUACAACUAUUUGCUAGUUUGAUUCUGCAGUGAAGCCAUACUUUGUUUGACCUGUUUCAACAGACAGUAUCUGCAGCCAGAAGCUCAGUAGAGCCACUACAGAAUCAAACCAGAGAAAAAUCUAGGGUUAGAGUAAACUUUUCGUUAACAAAACAGCAACCAUUUCUCUUUUCAGCUGUGUCCUUUCACUUGGACACUGCUAAAUCUGCUGUGGUAGCCUUUGUAACUUCCUGUACAUCCCACAAAGAGUUUUGGGUAAUAAAAUAUGCAGUGACCUAUUUCUGUAGCAUUAUAUUCCUUGCACUGUUAGUUCAAGGGCCAGAAAUUGUGUUUAUGUAUAUGCCUAAAGAAGAAUAAGGAUUUAAAUGGGCAUGGAGACAAUUCCCUUCAUAAGUAAAGUAUUGUCAAUGGGUGUUGUAUAGACAUUGAAACAACCCAUUGUUUCAUUUACAAAACACCAUCUUGGCCUUUUAUGCUUUAAAGAGACACUAGUAUUGGCCUGAAAGAUGAAGGGGAUGAAUCACUAGUUCAAAUGCAUAUUCUACUAAUGUAAAACAAAUGGACUAUGGAGCCUGGAAGGAUUAGAGUGUAAGGUGGAAUGGGCAAACUUUUUGGCCCAAGGGCCAUAUCUUAGUAUGGAAACUCUAGGGCUGGCCAUGAAUGCUCAUGAAAUUGGGGUAUGAGGGGGUGGGUGGGACCAGAAAAAAGGGGUGAUGGGUGGGGGGAGGGCUCCAGAUGGAUGCAGGCUCUGGAUGAGGGGUUAGGGGUGCAGGAAAGUGCUCUGGGUUAGGUCUGGAGGGGGAUCAGGCCUGGGGCAGGGGGUUGGGGUACAGGAGGUGGUUCCUGGGCAAUGGGAGCUGCAAGGGUGGCAUUUGGGGUGGGGGCAGCAUGCAGAGCCCCUUGGCUACCCCUAUGCAUAGGAGCCAGAGUGGGGACAUGCCACUGCUUCUGGGAGCCAUGGCACAAGCAGCACAGGGCACAUCCUCAAUCCUGCUCCCUUGCAGGAGCUUGAGGGCCAGAUUAAAAUGACUGUGGAGGGCUGUAUGUGGCCCCUGGGAGGCAGUUUGCCUACCCCUGGUGUAAGGCAAGGGUAGGUAAACUAUAGGCUGCAUCUGGCCUGCCAGCUGUUUUAAUUCAGGCCUCCAGCUCCUGCUGGGGAGCAGAGGCUAGGGUUUGCCCUGCUCUGGUGCUCCAACUGCUGAUCAGGGUCAGGAGCAAAGGGGGCUCUGCCCUACCCCUGUAGCUCCUAUUGGCUGGGAACCAUGGCCAAGGGAUGGUGCCUGUGGACAAGGCAGUGCACAGCAGAGCCCCCAGACUGCACCUCCAUAUUGGAGCUGGAGUGGGGACAUGCCACUUCAGGGAGCUGCUUGACAUAAGUGCUGCCUUAAGCCUGCACUUCUGAGCCAACCUCCUGCCCCAAUCUGAUCCCCCUCCCACCCUGCAAACCCCAGUCCCAGCCCAGAGCACCCUACACCCCAACCCCUCCCUUCACCCUUAACUCAUUUCUGUCUGCACCCCCAACCAGAGCCCUUACACCCCCACCCUAAUUUUGUGAGCAGCCAUGGCCUGCCAUACAAUUUUCAUAGCCGGAUGUAGCCCUCAAGCUAGAAAGUUUGCCCACGCUGGUGUAAGGGAACAUAUCUUAUUUCAAACCUAGUUUCAAAAGUAGAUAUUUAUAAGGAAAGUUCAUGCUACGUUGCACUUAGAUAUCUGUGCUCGGUUAUGGUUAAUUCAGUCUGGCAAUGAAUACACUAAUGGUUUUUUAAAUAAGUUCAAUUAGUAUUGAUUUAUAUGGCAGUGAAUAAACAUUUGUCGUUGCGUGCA